CAACCGGAUGUGCUGCUGUUAACUCCGGCGCGUUGACCUUGGACGUUAGGUGCAUGGCGCAGUGACAGUGACGAGGGGGGAUCGCUGCUAAUUGUGGAUUAUUAAAACGCGUGGAUGCUUUUUGUCGGGAGAUGCUGCAGGUAUCGUGAAGUGAGAUGAUCCCUCGGAUGAAGCUGUGGAUGAGCAUCACUGCCCCAUUGAUGACCACGAGCACAACGGGUCGCAGGACGAGCUGCUGCUGCUGCUACAUUCAUAAACACUUGUUUAGGACUCACAACAACCCCUGAGCUUUGUUUGCUUGGGCUCGUUUACAAACAACCAAACAAACACACACGGAGGAGAGGAACACAAGCCCUUGCAGGUUCCCGUCGUGCACGUGGACGGAUCAUGGCGGAGGAAGGUAAAGUGAGUGUGGAUGAUCUCGGUGGAGUUGUCAGGCUCCGGGAGGAACACGAGAAGAUGUUCUGACCCUUUGGAUGCAGAUGUGACAGCUGUGUGUACUUUCCUCUCCUGCUUCCCCCUGAAGUUGGUUUUGUUUCCAUGAAGAUGAUUCCUAAACUCGGAAAGAACAUUUAUGAUGUGGUGAAAGACUGUGAAAGUCGGAUUCAACACUGGAAGAAGGUCUCCGGUGACUACGAGGCUGUGAAUGAGCGACUUCAAACUCUACCAGAUCAACUGUCGUACGACAUCAUGGUGCCGUUCGGCCCUCUGGCCUUCAUGCCCGGGAAGCUGGUGCACACCAACGAGCUCAUGGUUUUGCUCGGCGACAACUGGUUCGCCAAGUGCUCGGCAAAGCAGGCUCAGAAAAUCGUCGACCACAGAACGAAACACGUGAAGAGUGAACUUGACGAUCUAUCCAAGACAAUGAAAAACUUUGAAGCCAGAGUUGGCUUUGUGAAGGAUUUGGAAACCUUCUCAGCCAGAAAACAGGAAUAUGCUGAAAUCAGAGAAGAGGUCAGACACGAUAUUGCAGUCACCAAAGGAAGGCAAAGAGUAGCUCACAGGCCAAAUUCUAAGCCCAAGCUGGAAACCAUAUUGGAUCUAAAAGAGGAGGAUGAAGAGGAGAACCAAGAAGAGAGCAGUGAUGAAGGGAGCAGAAAGGGCAUCGUGACUGAGGAGGAGUUGUGGGCCAGACUGGAUGAACUGGAGAAGCUGGAGGAGCUGGAGGAUGAGCAGGACAGAUUAUCUGAUAAUGCAGAUAUGAACAGCGAGGACACAUCUUCCUCUUCCUCAGAGGAGGACAAGGAGAAGGAAGGAGAUUCUGCUUCUCCUGUAAACGGAUUGAGUCCGAAGCCAAGCUGGACCUCCGUGCCUCAAAGUACAGCGCCGCCCGAUGUGGAGCGGAAACAGGAGGAUGACGAUGAGGAAGAGGAAGGCCACUGCUUGCCCACCAUCUUUUUCACUCACACAGUCGAACCCAAGAAGGUGAGGAUAAACACAGGAAAAAACACCAUGCUGAAGUUCAGUGAGAGGAAAGAGCAGAAGGAGAUAUUAAAGAGGAAAAAGAAAAACGGACACAACAAUGGACUCUCCCAUCACGAGCUUCACAAAAUCACCACACCAGCAGACAUUUACAGGUUGUUUGUGGACGUGAAGAACGGGGAGCCCGUCCCCAGGAAGUCCAUCCUGAAGUCCCGGAGCCGGGAGAACAGCGUGUGCAGCGACACGAGCGAGAGCAGCGCGGCCGACUACGAGGAGCGGCGGCUGACCGGACGCAGCUUCAGCCACGACGAGGCGACCACCAGCGACACCAGCGACGGCGUCACAGAGGAGGACAGUCCGACGGGGGGGCCGCUGCACCCCCCCAACAGAUUUGAGGCCUUUUCAGGUAUGGUGGUAGAGAAGGACCCGAUGACUUCGGCCGUGCCCCACAUGACCAUCGCUCCACCAGCUCUGCCGACCAUACUGGAGAGGAGACAGGAGGAGGUGGCGGUGCCCGAGGUCGCCCCGCCCCAGCAGGCCCCGAAGAAGGUGUCCAAGUUCAAGGCUGCCCGGCUGCAGCGGACGUGACGAGUAAAAUCCCACACGUCACAAUGACCUUUAUUCUUUUUUUAUUAUUAUUUCUCCUUUUCUACUGUCCACUUGUCUUUAGUCCAGUUUCACCUCUAAUCAUACAGACAGCUUCUCCCCUUUAUAUGUGACUCCUCUCGGGGGGGGAAAUGCUAAAUCCUUUUUAAAAUCUUGCUUAAUGUGUAACUGCUUUUCAACCUGCUCCCUGCGUUGGGUGAUUCUGUUGUUUGAACCAAUCACCGUCUGUCACUCCUCUGUUGAAUGAUGCCAGUUUAGGUUUAACGCUCGACCGCCACUAGAUGAGCUGCCUCGUUUUGUUUCUUUUCAUUUUCAAGUAAUGCUCUUUAAGUUGGCUCUAGCUGUCUCUACCUUCUCUUAACCUGCAUAAUGAAUGUAUCUUUUCCUUUGUGAUCAGCUUUAUGUAAAGACAAAAAAAAGAAGAAGAUUAUUGAUAGAAAUUCAAAGGAAAAUAAAUGAUUUUGGCAAA